AGAGAGUGUAGGGAGAGUUCACACAGAGAGGGGAGAGUUAACAGGGAGAGAGUUCACAGAGAGUGGGGUGGAGAGUUUCUGGAGAGUUUCUGGCUACGAGAGGAGCUUGGGGACACUCCGGGGAGAGUUUCCGGUGUCCGGGGAUGCUGAGCUGAGACGACAACCCAGGGGUUGACGGGUCACGUCCUCUUCCUCUAGCGGUUCCAGCUCCACCACAACCCUGCCAUGCAGACCAUCAAGUGCGUGGUGGUGGGUGAUGGCGCCGUGGGUAAGACAUGCCUGCUCAUCUCUCUGUCUCUCUCUCUGUGUCUCUCUCUGUGUCUCUCUCUGUCUCUCUCUCUCUGUCUCUGUGUCUCUAGCCAUGCAGACCAUCAAGUGCGUGGUGGUGGGUGAUGGCGCCGUGGGUAAGACAUGCCUACUCAUCUCGUACACCACUGGGGCGUUCCCGGGGGAGUACGUCCCCACCGUCUUCGACAACUACAACGCGCAGCUAGCUCUGGACGGACGCACCAUCGGACUCAACCUGUGGGACACGGCCGGCCAGGAAGAGUACGACCGCCUCCGCACGCUGUCCUACCCACAGACGUCGGUCUUCAUCGUUUGCUUCUCCCUGGCGAGCCCCACGUCCUACGAGAAUGUGCGCCUCAAGUGGCACCCCGAGGUGACGCAUCACUGCCCGGCGGCUCCGCUCCUCCUCGUCGGCACCAAGGCCGACCUGCGCUCCGACCCGGACACCCUGCGCAAACUCAAGGAGGCCGGCCAGGCCCCCGUGUCGUCCCACCAGGGCACGGCCCUUGCUCGCCAGGUGCGUGCGGUACGCUACCUGGAGUGCUCGGCUCUCACCCAGGACGGGAUCCGUGCCGUGUUUGAGGAGGCCGUCAGGGCCGUGGUGAACCCGGGGGCCUCGCGUGCGGGGCAACGCGGGGGCCGGACGGCCUGCCGCCUCCUCUAGGAGCUCGGGGGGACGGGGGGGGGGGACGGGGUGGGGGGUGCUGAAGGAGGCCGCGUGGCGUAACGACGGACGACUCCGGCGGAGGCUGUUGAAGGGGGGUGGGGGAGGUCUCCCGGGAAGGAGGGCUCCCUCGCUCGCUCGCUCACUCGCUCGCUUACAC